AUGAAGUCAACAUAUGAGUAUGUCAAUGAAACAUCGAUUAGCUCAGAGUUGAUCUGCAGUAUUUGUCAGAAUCCAUUUCUUGAUCCACAACAAACUCCCUGUGAUCAUACAUUCUGUUGUCAAUGUAUCACCCAUUGGCUUCAAACAGGAAACACCUGUCCCCUUUGUCAACAAGCAUUAUCUAUGAAUAGUUUAACGCCAGCUGCACGUACCGUUCGCAAUAUCCUCAAUCAACUCAAAGUCAACUGUUCACAUUGUGGACAGAGUAAUUUAGAACGUGGUGAAUUCGAUCAACAUAUAACUACACAUCAUCUUGAAAGAAAUCAACAAGGAAGUAAUCGAAGCACAGCAAAUCAUCCUCCAUCAACAGGUCGACAAAACAAUGACUUAUCGAGUUCUUUAUUCGUUAUUCUUGUAGUCUUUAUAUUCUUUAUCAUUAUGAUGUUUCGAUCUUCCAAAGGUUCGUCGCCCUCAAAGAACGACAAAACAGGAAAUGCAUUGGAUAAUGCUGCAAUUGCAAUGCCCAUUUCAUGUACAACUAUUCAGCAAUGUUCUUCACGAAAUAAUCCAUUUGAGAGUUCAUAUCUUCUCUCAUCUGAAAAUCAAAUCUAUUUGAAUUAUUUCUAUAAUGACUCUGCUUCUCGUCUUGCAAGUUGGAAACUCAUCUAUAGAGGAUCAACACAUGGUUUAAAUGCAUCAGCAUUUCACAAACAGUGUGACAAUGAAGGAGAAACAUAUACAGUUGUGUCAACGACGAAUGGUUAUCUAUUUGGUGGAUAUGUCGAUGUCAAUUGGACAACAUCAUUAAAUCACGUACCAGCUUACAGUUCGAGUACAAAAGCAUUUCUUUUCUCAUUGUUAAAUGUGAUGAAAAUUCCUGCGAAAAAGUUUUCAAUUGAUAAACGAUAUCGAAACUAUGCCGUUGUUAAUGAUGUUUCAUCUGGACCCAUCUUUGGUGAUAUGAAUCAACCAGAUGUUGGGAUUUAUGAGAUCAAUGGACAUUUUCGAUGUCAAAUUCAUUUUCCAUCUGUGUACAUGGGUGGUGUUGGAGUAUCUUCUUUUCCACCUUCAAACGAUUGUAUCAUAAACGAAAUGGAAGUGUUCAUUCCGGUGUGGAAACCAUCCUUUGUGUAUAUCAUACGGAACGUUAUCAUUUCGUUGGCAAUAACGUUUAGCGGAUGGUUUGCAUUUACCGCUAUGUUAGGCAAUUACAGAAGGAAUAACGUACAAGAAGGACGAGUUUGUGGUUUUGUAUGUCUAUUCUUAGCGUGGGUCAAUUAUUUAUACGGAUGUUUUGUUCUACUCGAAGCAUUUAUGUUAAUCCUGACUAUAAUAGAUUGGAAAUAUCCGGAAAGAUAUGAUCUCAGGUCAAUUCGUAGUGAAAAACGUUUUGUUAGCGUAUGUAUUGUUGUAUUAAUUGCCGGUAUCAUAAUUUAA